UUAUAAUUCAAGCGACGGUUUGACAGGAGAAAAAAUCAAUUGGCAGUUCGACCAGCCGCAGCAGCUAAGAUUGUCAAAAAUCCUCUUGAAUCAGUCGACGAACGCUUCAAUUUUUGAGUACUUGAACGCUAAAGCUUACUCAGCAGUCGAAGGAUCGAAGAUUCCCAAAAUCCCCACAAAAUUUUGAUUAAAAAAGGUCAUCGCCCAAUCCAAAUUACUCCAAAUCUCCUCUGUUCGGUUCAUCGAAUUUCACCAAUUUGGAGAAACCCAGAUGGAUUUAUAGGAAAUUUCUCAAACAAAAUCUGGGUUUUGUAUAUUUUUUUGUUCUAGUUUAUCAAUGGGAGUCCAACAAGACCUGGUGGUUCCUUCGGGUUUGAUCGCCGAGGAGCCAUGGGAACCAGCGCCUCAAUCAAACCCUUGGUUCAUCGGGAUUCAUCGGUGGAACCAAGCUGAGAAAGCUGCGGAGGGGAUAAUUUCCAAGUUUCAGCCAACUAUUGUUGCUGAAGGGAAAAGAGAUGCAGUAAUCAAUUAUUUGCAGCGAUUGCUCAAGGAGAAUCUUGAUUGUGAGGUGUUUGCUUAUGGAUCAGUUCCUUUGAAAACCUAUCUUCCAGAUGGAGAUAUUGAUCUAAGUGCAGUUGGUGUAAACACACAUGAUCUCAUAAAUGAAAUUGCAUCAUUACUUGAUAGAGAAGGGAAAAACAAUUCAGCAGAGUUUGUUGUUAAAGAUGUUCAACUUAUUGGGGCCGAGGUUAAGUUGGUGAAAUGCAUGGUGCAAAAUCUUGUGGUUGACAUUUCAGUCAACCAAAUCGGUGGACUUUGCACUUUAUGUUUUCUUGAACAGGUGGAUCGCGUAAUCAAGAAAGACCAUCUUUUCAAAAGAAGCAUAAUUUUAAUAAAAGCAUGGUGCUAUUUCGAGAGUCGAACACUUGGUGCACAUGUUGGUUUAAUAUCAACAUACGGAUUAGAGACUUUAGUUCUUUAUAUCUUUCAUGUCUUUCAUACAUCAUUAGACGGGCCCCUCUCCGUUUUAUAUAAAUUCUUGGAGUAUUUCAGUACGUUUGAUUGGGAUAAAUAUGGUAUCAGUUUAAUGGGCCCCAUUAGAUUAUCAGAGUUGCCAAGAAUCGUAGUUGAGAGACCACCAAAUAGCAAUGAUCUAUUGCUUGAAGUCGGUUUUCUUAGGCAUUGUUCUGAGAAGUUUUCAGUUCCCAUGAGACCUGGUGAUUUAUUUUUCAAAAAGCAUCUUAAUAUUGUUGACCCGUUAAAUGACCAUAAUAACCUCGGGCGUAGUGUUAGCCAAGGAAAUUUUUUUCGUAUCCGAAGUGCAUUUAAUUAUGGGGCACGAAAACUCGAACAAAUCCUCGUGGCUCCUGAAGAUAAACUCUCCAAUGAGCUUCUUUCUUUCUUCUCAAAUACAUUAAACAUGCAUGGAAGUGGUCAAAGACCCGAUCUUCCCGAUCAUAUUCCAAGGGCAGAAAAGUCAUUUCCCACAACUCAAACAACAAGAACCUCUAACGAUGAAAACGGGUCUCCAGGGAACCCGAUUUCCAACGAGGAAAAAGACGUUUCUGCCCUUGCGAAUGAAGGAGAAGUUGUUAUACCGUUUUAUGCCCCACAUCUUUUAUUUAAUUACUCAAAGUUGGUUAAUCAUAAGACGGAAAAAGACGAAAUUGUUGAUGAAAAUGAAUCGGAAGUGAUUGAAGGUGGUGUAAAUUUAGGUCAAUCUGAGCCGUUGGAUCUCACAGGAGAUUUGAUGUCUCAUUUGGUGUGUUUAGAUCAUGUCCGGUGGUGGAAUACUUAUGUUUUGGGUCCACUGCCGCCCAUGAUGGGGCCACAGCCACCACCACCGCCGCCGCCUAUUUUAUUGAGUAUGAUUGCAUCGGAACAUGGCGGCAUGAAUGGUGUUGUCCGCCAUCCACGGUUCCACCACCACCCACCACCACCACCACCGCCUUUUGUUCCAAAUGACCGAAGAGGGGCGAUUUCGUACUUUCCCGAUACGAAUAAUAAUCGAUCUCGACAUGGAUACCACACUUCAACAUCAAAUGCAACAAACACAAACGUGGGGCCCACCGAUUUCACCACCCCAACCGAAUCGGUUAGCCGCCCUAUGCAACAACCAAGAGAGCCUUUGUCACACAGAAGGCGACACCAAAACCCGAACCGAAACGGAUCCCCGAGACCCAGACCCGUUUCUGGUAUGGAUAGGUUUAAUGUACAAUCCUCGUAUCAUCUAAAAGACGAAGAAGAUUUCCCGCCUCUUUCCUAACCGAUAUAUAUCCGGAAGAUGUUUCGGUUUUUGACAGCUGGAUUUUUGUUUUUUUUUGGUGGUUCGUUGUUGUGCAUGUAAUAUAUAUAUGCAUAGAAUGUUAUAUUUUUUUUUUCUGGUGAACAUCUCAAAUUUUUGUAGGUAACAUAAAAUGUGUUGUGUAUGUGUGCCCAUAUGUUAAAAGGAGGUGAGAAUCUAUAAGGGAAGUCUUAGGUUAAAGGCUAGAUGUGACUUUACAAUUCUUGCUUUUGUUUUGGGGGCAAUGUGAUUUAUCUUUAUCCGUGUUGGAUGUGGGACCGGUUUGGGGAUGUUUAGGGGUAGUGUUUACCCUUUUUAGUUGAAUGUGACAUUGUAUUGUGUUGCCAAUAGUGAUCUUACAAGAAUUUUGGUAUACUUGGAAAG